AGAAGAACAUCUCCCCCCUUCUCCACUACUACUUCACUUCUCCUAUGAUUAGUAUGAAAGAGAGAGAGAGAGAGAGAAAACAGAGUAAUUUAAUACAAAGCUGCAGAAGUGAGAGAAAUUUCCCAAUAUUAAAGUAGAUGAAGAUACAUAAUUUUUCAUAUAUAUUUUUUUAAAUUUUAGGUUUUAUGCAAUAAUUUAGCAUCAAGAGCAGUUGGCAUUAGUUAGUCUUUGUCUGUCUUUUAAUAUCAUACAUUACAUGUCACUUGUUAAGGGUAGACAGGUGAGCAAUGUCUGAGUUUUCUCUCUCACCUCUCUUUGGUCUUUGAUCUAUAAAAACUUUGCCUUUUAUGCUACAAACCCAAUUGCUGAAUUUCUGUUUUUUCAUUGCUCAUUCACAUUCAAAACUCUAAAUUUAUUAUUACCCUUCCCCAAAAUUUUCAUUUCAACCUCAAUUUUUCUGUCUUUUCUUGGUUAAAGAUACCAGGAUAUCUACAAAACCCUUUCUGCAAUUUAGCCUUUCCUUUUCAUCUCUUCAUCAUCUGAAUCUCCAUUGGUUACUAUUACUAUUUCAUUUCCUGAAAAUUUGCAGAAACCCCCUUUUCACAUUUCUUUUAAUUCUGCUGUAAGGAAGAAAAAAAGAAAAAAAAGAAAAAAAAAAGAGCCUUCUCUCAAAUCAAUCAUAUUUUGGUAUUUGAUUGGAUGUAGAGCUUGGAAAAUGUUUUUCUUCCUUACCCAAAAGUGAAAAGGGAAUCUCCUUUCCUUUUACUGCAUUGAUGAGCUGUUUCAUAGCUAAUGUCAUUGUUUGUUGUCUCUACUUUAUACUCUGAAAGUUUCACUUUCUUGUCUUCCCCUUCAAAUAUUAUUGUUUUUUUUCUUUUUCUUUCCUUUUUGAAUUUGAACAGAGUAGAACAGAGCAAGCUUCUUCUUCACCUUCAAGUGGCUCUUCUUCUUAAACAUUCCAUUUCUUUUUUUUUUCCCCUCUUUAACUUUCGUAUCCAUAGGGAUGCUGCAUUUGAGAAGCUGCUUUUACUUUAACGUCUUAUAAAGCUGCAAAGUUUAUAUUUUGUUCUUUGUUUAGUCUCACAAGAUAUCACUCGCUCAGCUCUGGUCAAAACCGCCUUUCCUUUUUUAAUUUUUUAAGUUUUUGUUUUUCCUCUCAUUGGAAGUAACUGUAAACCAACUGUUGUAGACUGGUUUGUUUGAUUAGCUCUUGAAUUUCAGAAGGGAGGAGGAAAAACAAAAAUGGGUGAUCUCGAAAAUGAUGAAAUGGGUUUUAGGAAUUCGAAUGAUGGGUUAAUGAAUUGUCCAUCUACAAUGGCGAUGGGUUCUUUUUUUGGGUCUGGUUGGGAUCCACUGGUUUCAUUAGGUCAAAGUGAGAAUUAUGGAGCAGCUUCUUCAAUGGUGUCCUCUCAUGGCGAAUUUUCUAAUUCAUUUCCUGUUGUUUUGGAGAAUCAUGGAGGGAGUGGGACAACACAACAAGGUGUUCAAUAUCCGACAGAUUUGGAGAUGGGUUCGAAGUUGCCAUGUUUUGGGAGUGGGAAUUUUUCAGAAAUGUUUGGUUCUUUUGGUGUUGCUGGGCAGAUUCUUGGUGGGUGUUCUUCAAAUUACAGAAAUGGAGGAACCACAAACACUACCCAAACAUCGCAAGAAAAUUUACCUUUAGCUGGUGAAGAAAUUUUACCAUUAUCUGUAGGAUCACCAAAUGGUAAAAUCAGAAAACGAGGCCUUGAUUCAACUUUCCCAUUUAGCUCAAAUAAGAAAUCUGAUAUGAAAUUGAAGAAGGAUGUUUCUGGGGAUAGUUCCAGUACUCAAGAAGAGAAAAAUGCAGAAAUGGAGCAAAAUUUAGGUGGGAAUUCACGUGGAAAAUCAACUGGAAAACAAACUAAAGAGAAAUCUAGUAAUAGUGCUGAAGCUCCUAAGGAAAAUUAUAUUCAUGUGAGAGCUAGAAGAGGGCAAGCCACAAAUAGUCAUAGCCUUGCUGAGAGGGUGAGAAGGGAGAAGAUAAGUGAAAGGAUGAGAUUGCUUCAAGAACUUGUUCCUGGAUGUAAUAAGAUUACUGGAAAGGCUGUAAUGCUUGAUGAAAUUAUCAACUAUGUUCAAUCACUGCAGCAACAGGUUGAGUUUUUGUCAAUGAAACUAGCUACUGUCAACCCGGACGUGAACGUUGAUAUUGAAAGGAUUUUAUCCAAAGAUAUUUUCAACAUACGAGGCAGUAGUGGAAAUGUUCUUGGAUUUGAUCCCGGGUUGAGUGCCGUUUCCCCUGUCCCUCCUCACCGGAUGUUUCAGUUUCAAGGGACGAUGUCGAGUAUGCCAACCACAUCCACACAGUUUCCUCCUAUGCCUCAGACCAUGUUAGAAAGCGAUCUUCAAAGUCUUCUUCAAAUGGGAUUCGACUCAGGUUCAACAAUUGACAAUUUGGGACCAAAUGGGCGGUUGAAACCAGAGCGUUAACUUCUUGCAAAUGAAGGGGGAAAAAGAAAAGCUCAUUUUUAUUCCUUUAACAGAAAUUCAAAUGUUUUCAAGUUGACAAAGAAAGGAAAAAAGAAAAAAGAAAAAAAAAAGAUUAAAAAUUCUGUAUAGGAUUCAGUUUCUAACUAUUGUUCUUCGAAUUUUAACAGAAGAAGAUGGAUUAAUAGCAAAAGAAAGGGAAUGUAAAUUUAGAUUUUGUGAGUGAGGCUGAUUAGAAUUGAUUUGAAUUGGGAAAUUGUAGAUUAGAGGAUGAAAUUGAAGAUUGAAGCUGUUGUACCAGUUUUCAUGGAAAUUUUCAAAAAGAAGGAUGAAAUCUUCUAAUCCUUUUGUUAUUUGUUUUUUACAAUCAUUUUUGGUGGUAUUGUUUUGUUAUUUGAGAUGAUAAUUUUAUUAGUGAAAUGAAAUGUUUGGGAGAAA